GACAUCGCCAGCUUUCGAUCCCAAGCCGAAACGCCGCAUUCUGCGCAUGGCGUGGAUGGCUGUGGGGCCAUGCUUACGGUGUGCCACACAGCUCGAGUGGCGCUGCGCGUGCCAAAGGUGCAGGGAUCUGCCCCAAGCCAGGGUCGCUGCGAGACCUGCGGCGGGGAGGCGCACUUGGGCCUCCCAGAGGUGGGCCCAGAGGACGUCUUGGGCAUUGUCUCCAGCAGCCCACUGGCGACGCAGUGGCGUGAGGUGUUGCUGGAGGCAGAUCUCGAGGAGCGGCCCUCUUUGGCGCCGCUGCGGGUCUGCGCCUCCUUGGAGGCUCUCCCGAGCCCCCCGCUGAACCGGAAAAUCGGCGCCUCUGCGGAGGAGGAGAAGGCGGAGCUGGAGCUCCGAGUGGUUGCAGACCCGCUGGCGCUCGCGCAGCGCGCGCGGCUCGCCAUCUACCCCCCCUGGCGUCUGGGGCCGCACCUGCGCUUCUCCUGGCGCCUGGAAGCGCGAGAGGAAACCCCUCCGGCAGUGCCGGCGCCCGAGCUAAGGCAGAAGCCCAGGCGCCCACGGGCCCUCACGGGCAUCGGAGGUGUCAGCGGCGGCUUCGGCGGCGGCUCCGACAGCAGCUUCGAUGUUCACAUGGACCCGGAGCUUCUUGAGACGCAGGCGGCGCCGCAGCCGUUCCAACUGCUUUCCCACCUGGAGGAGGCGGAGGCGCCGGAAGGCCUGCAGCUGCCGCUGCGGGCGCAUCAGCUGCAGUCCCUGGCCUGGAUGCAGGCCUGCGAGGGCGAGCGGGAGCCGCUUCUGCUGGGCGCCAGCCGCGAGUUUCUGCCUGCCCUGCAGCCACCACACGCGGCGCAGCAGGCACUGGUGGAGGCGGUAAAAUGCCGUGCCGUGGCGCGGGUGCAGCGGGCCUUCGAGGUGCGGGGCGGCGUGCUGGCGGACCAGGUGGGCUCCGGCAAGACGGCGGUGACCCUGGCUCUCGUUGUCUCCGAUCGCAACAGCCACCAGGCCUCGCGGACAUUGGUGCUGGCGCCGGGGCGCUUGCUGCAGCAGUGGCAGCAUGAGGCCUGGAAGUUCCUGGACCGCGGCAUGCAGGUCUUGGACGAGGAUCUGCGUGUUGCGCCCGUGGAGCCAGGUGAACCCCAACUGCUGGUGGCUCCGGUGGAGCUGCUGUCCUCAAAGCGGCGGCUGGAGGAGGACAGCUUCGCCACCAGACUUCGACGGCUGCAGCUGUCGCGCCUGGUGGUGGACGAGUUCCACGAGCUCAGCGACGGCGCUCUGGCGCAGCUGCGGCCGCCGUCGCCGGCGACGGCGCCCAUGGCACUGUGGGGCUUGACGGGGACCCCGGCGCUGGAGGGCUUCGGCUCUGUGGCGCGGCUGGCGCAGGUCUUCGCUGUGGAGCUGGGGGUCUUCCGGCGGCAGCUGGACGCCGCGGCGCUGGCGCAGAAGGCGCUGGACUACUUGGCCCGGGCCCAGGGCGCCGGCUGCCGCCUCACCAGCCACCCGGUGCACGAGGAGCUGGUCACGCUGCACCACACCCCGGCGGAGCGGGCGCUCUACGCGCAGCACGCGGCGGAGGCGCGGAAGGGGCGCCUGGCUGCUCCGGAGCUGCUGCAGCUGUGCUCCCACUUCCACCUGACGGAGAAGGACACCGACGCGGAGGCGGAGAGUGCACAGCUGCUGCGGGCGCGGCAGGAUGCGAAGGCAACGGCCAAGGAGUGGCUGGCUCUGGCCGCUGCCAAAGUGGCGCAACAAGUGCCAAGGAUGAUCAAAGCGGCAGAGAGCGAGGUGCUGGCGGAGCAAUACGCCCAGCUGCUGGCGGAGGUGGGGACAGCUCCUCACGCCGAGCACGCGCAGCUGGCCGGCGCCCGGGCGGCCGGGGCGCGGCAGAACGCCGGCCGCCACGAGCGGGAGGCGGACGCCCUGAUCCUGGAGGCCAUGCGGGUUGAAGAGGCCUCGGAGGAGUCUCAGGGUGCCUCUCAGGGCGCCGAAGUCUUCGGCGAUGGCUUGGAGCUGCUGGAGGACCUGAAGCAGGCCAAGGAGGCCUUCAGGCAAAGGAGCUGCGAGGUGGCCUUCCUGAGCGCCAUGCUGGACGCGGCGGAGAACCAGAGCUUCCGGUGCCCCAUCUGCCUCAACGAGCCGGAGCCCACGGAGCGCGCCAUCCUGGCAGCGUGUGCGCACCUCUUCUGCCUGCAGUGCGCCAGCACAUUGGCCAGGAGGGGCGAGUGCGCGCUGUGCCGGCAGACCUUGCGCAAGGGCGAGGCGGCUGAGGUGGUGCGGGUCCGCGAGCCGGGAGCAGUGGAGGAGCAGCUUGAGCGGAAGCGCUGGGGCCGGUUCGGGUCCAAGAUCUUCCAAGUGGUGCGGAAGCUCCACAAAAUCGAGGAGCAGGACCCGAGGGCCCGGGCCAUCGUCUUCGUGCAGUGGGCGGCGCUGCGCCGGAAGCUGGCGGCGGCCUUCACGGAGUUCCAGGUGCCCUUCGUGUGCCUCGAGGAGGCCGCGGACGGUCGCGCUCUGAACUUCUGGGAACGGGACGAUGUGGUCGGCAGCUUCCAAAAUGCCCCGGAGGACAGCACCCAGGGGCCCAAGGUGCUGCUGCUCUCUUUGCAGGACGCAGCCUCCGGCACGAACCUUACCCGAGCGAACCACGUGCUCUUCGUGCACCCCAUGCUCGCCAAGACCUCCCGCCUCUCGGUGGCCUACGAGCAGCAGGCCCUGGGACGCUGCCUGCGACUGGGCCAGACCAGGCCAGUGUACCUCUGGCGCUUCGUGACGCUGGGGACAGCGGAGGAGGAUCUCUCGUACAGGCACCAGCAGGAGCUCUGGCGGGGCCUCUCCGACGCACCAAGACACCGCCGGGCGGCUUCGGCUUCUGCGGAAGCCGCGGCGCGGGAGCGCGAGUCUGAGUCCGACGUGGACCUCGACGACCUCUUCUGGUGAUCGUUUGGAAUUUCUCCGCGCGCGCGUGGGAUCGAGUGGUGAAACGCGCGCGCGGCGCCG